UGGGGUAGCUUCUCUGGUGAAAGAAAUACCAGGAUUGCAUCAGGGAGGAGAGAGAGGCUGGGACGCUUGGUGCGGGUGGAGUGGAGCGUCUGGGCUGGGGUUGGUGAGGUUGAGGUCAGGAUGCCUCUCCCUGCAGGGGAUCCCUCGGUCAUGUGGCAUUCACUGCCUUCCUGAUGAUCAAGGAACAUCAGCCCGUGACCCCCAGAAACCUAGAAAUUCAGGUGGCAUGCAGAAAUUCCCGUUACGGGACACAGUCUGCACUGUCAGCCAAGGAGGCAGAUUUCUAGGCACGCCCCCAGCCCUCCCCUCCCUCAGACUCUAGGGGUCCUGGCCCCAGCCCCUGUCACCCAGGUCUCAGUUUAUCAGACCCCUGUCCCCGUGAUUCCUCAGACUCAGGAGUCUGGAAGGACCCCCUGAUUGCAUCAUCCGUUCAGCCUGAUCUGGCCACCGUGGAAUCCUAGCUCCUGCCAAGUGGGUCAAAUAGCAUGGGUCAGGUGUGGGGAAGGUGAUUGGGCGGGUCUGUCUGGAUAUAAAUUUUGGAGCUCCUGCAUCCGUUCGAAGAGAUCUGCGUAUUCUGUUCAGCUGGGAAUCCACGUGCAAGAGGACCCAGGCGUUCAGGCUAAGCAGCGGUCCGUGGAUCUGGUCACCCAGACAGCCACUCUGAAACAAUCUAUACCAUUGCGCUCGUCAAACCCCAGACCCCAGAUCUCGCCUGAGGACGUGAGCCAUUGAUGGGCUGGGACGAGGCCAGGUCCGAGCAGCUGGGGCUGUGGGUCCCUGUGCUGGCUGUCCUUUUGCUGGAAGCUUGCCAGGCACACCCUAUCCCUGACUCCAGCCCCCUCCUCCAAUUCGGAGGCCAAGUUCGACAGCGGUACCUCUACACGGACGAUGCCCAGGAGACAGAGGCCCACCUAGCGAUCAGGGCUGAUGGCACAGUGGUGGGGGCUGCCAGCCGGAGCCCAGAAAGUCUCUUGGAGCUGAAAGCCCUGAAACCGGGGGUCAUUCAAAUCCUGGGAGUGAAAACAUCUAGGUUCCUGUGCCAGGGCCCAGAUGGGACACUGUACGGAUCGCUCCGCUUCGACCCCGUAGCCUGCAGCUUCCGGGAACUGCUCCUGGAGGAUGGGUACAACAUCUACCACUCUGAGACCCUCGGCCUCCCACUUCGCCUGCCCGCCCACAACUCUCCAUACCGGGACUCGGCGCCCCGGGGGCCUGCCCGCUUCCUGCCCCUGCCAGGCCUGCUUCCGGUCCCCCCGGACCCCCCAGGGAUCCUGGGCCCCGAGCCUCCCGACGUGGGCUCCUCGGACCCCCUGAGCAUGGUGGGGCCUUCACAGGGCCGAAGUCCCAGCUACGCUUCCUGAAGCCACGGGCUGUUUAUUAUGGGGUCUCCU